CACAAACUAGGUGCAAAAUAUAUGUAAUAAUAAUAUUAUGAGUUCUAAUUAGAAAUAAGAAACUUAACUCAGAAUAUUUUCACCUCAAAACAAUUUUGCAAGCAACCUAUAACAAUUUAAGUAGGAUUCUUAAAGAAACACAGAAUAUGAUAAUCCUCAGAUGGCAAAUAGCAUAUGUAAUUCUGUGAAUAAUCUAACUCCAACGAAAUUGUAAUAAUCAAGAAGAAAAAUAUCUGGGAAUUAACUUUCAGUUUCAAGAACAGAUAACAUAAUUAUUUAAUGUUAAAUUUGUGAAAACAUCGAUGAUAUAAAUCUAAUAUAACCAUGUUAAUGCGAAGUAUUAUAUUAUAGAUAUCAGAAUAGAACUUUUAUCAUCAGAGUUGUUUCAAAAAAAAACUAUUAGCAACAACUGGACAAUUUACCAAUGAAAAAAUAACUUGUUCUAUUUGCGGAAUUAUUUAUAAAAUUAGGAAAAUGGAAACAUAUGAAUCAAAAAAUUUUGUAUAAUUUAUAUUUAAUUUAAUAGAACAAAAUAACUUAAAUAGUUUCUUUUAUAAUUAGACUAAUAAUAGUUUUGGGCGGUUUGAGUGGUUUGUCCUAUUGGUUUUAUGAAGAAGUGCAGAAUCCAGAAGAAAUGUCUUCAGUAAUAGCAAUUAUAGUACUAUUAAUAUUAUUGCUUGUGCUUUAUUUGGUUUAUUUACUACUGGAAUAAGUAAGAGGCACAGUGGGAAUAGAUUGGGAAAUUCUUGAUUAAAAAUAAGAUAUUGAUCAAAAUAUUAAUCCUGAUGAAUUAAAUUUGAUCGAGAAUAGAUAGAAUUAAUAAUCUCAAAAACCUUAAGUCAUAUAACACAUUGCCAAUAUAUAAUAUCCAUAAAUUUCUACAUCAGAAAUAAUCUAAUGA